AUGGCUGUCCCCAACCCCAUCGCCUUCCGUCCUAAGCAGGUCACCUUCUGGACCGCGCUGGCCUAUCUUGCGCUGCUCAUACCUCUGAUCAUCGUCCAUGAGACUGUUCCGGCGGCUCCCUCCCCCGAGAAACUCCAAGAUGGCCUCAAUCUCGUCGAGGCCUGGUCCGAUCUUGCCACCCUCUCUCGAGCGUAUCACCCGUACAAUAGUCGGGAAAAUGAUGUUGUCCGCAAGUGGCUUCUCGAGAGAAUAAGUGCGAUCAAAUCAGAGACCGGGGCCCACAGCGACAACCUCGUCAUAUUCGACGACAAAGUCAACAACAUCACCAUGGCAGGUGACGAGAGGGCCCCGAAACCUCUCCAAGGCCCAGACUUUCACCCCAAGACCAUUGGGACAUAUUUCGAGGCCAACAAUAUCGCCGUUUAUAUCCGUGGCAAACAGGAUCCUGCUGGGAGUUGGUGGGAGAGCGACUCCAAGGAAAAGCCCAUAGGCAAAGGAGGGGUCCUGGUGAAUGCGCAUUUCGAUUCUGUUUCGACAGGAUUCGGCGCCACUGACGAUGGUAUGGCUGUAGUGUCCAUUCUUCAGCUCAUCAAAUACUUCUCCCUCGAGCACAACCAGCCAGAGCGGGGCAUCGUGGCUCUUUUGAACAACAAUGAGGAGGAUUGGCUCUGGGGCGCACGCGCAUUCGGUUACCACCCACUCAUGCCUUUUUGCCAUGUUUUCUUGAACCUAGAGGGUGCUGCGGCUGGAGGCAAAGCCAAUCUAUUCAGAACCACCGAUGCCGAGGUUACUCGCGCGUACCAAGGUGGCACAAAUCCUUUUGGAUCUGUGGUGUUCUCCGAUGCUUGGCAACUUGGAGUCAUUCGAAGUGGUACUGACUACUCCGUCUUUCAUGAUAUCUACGGCAUGCGCGGCCUCGACCUGGCCUUCUACAGACCCCGUGCGAGGUACCACACGAAUCAAGAUGACACUCGCCACACAUCCGUCCACAGCUUGUGGCACAUGCUGUCGCACGCCGUUCAUACCACUAGCAGACUGUCUGGCGAUACUGGCGAAACUUUCCUUGGCGAGCGGCCAGAUCAAGAUCAAAGCAAGGUCUCCAAUGGUUCUCCGAGUGACGGUGUUUGGUUCGACUUGUUUGGGAAGGCUUUCAUCAUGGUCGGCUUGAACGACUUGUUUGCAUGGUCUGUCAGUCUGCUAGUAGUGACACCCCUCGCUCUUAUUUUGCUCUCCGUGAUUCUUGCUCGAUGCGACAAGUUUUACUUCUUCUCAUCAAAGAAGUCCGCUCAAGAGGACGAGGGCGUUUCGGUGUCGGUUGCGCUUGGCGGUCUCAAAGGAAUUGUCCGGUUCCCGUUUGCGCUCCUUGUCGCGGGAGCGCUGGUCGUCGGCUCGGCAUAUCUACUCAAGAAGAUCAACCCCUUUGUCAUUUACAGCCACGAGUACACAGUCUGGGCCAUGAUGCUGUCCCUCUUCUACUUUACAUUCUGGGUCAUUGUGGCAGCAGCAAAUUUCUCCCGGCCCAGUGCACUGCAUCGGGGUUACGCAUUGCUAUGGUUGUUCCUCAUGACAUGGGCAUUUUUGGUAGCAGUGACGGUUUACGAACAUCAGCGUCACAUUGCCGCAGGCUACCCAUUUGUAUUUCUGCAAUCAGCUGUCUUUUUGGCCACUCUACUCAGUCUGUUGGAACUAUCUGGAUUACCAAAGAAGUCGGCAUUUGCCCAAAAGGUCUACGCCAAUCACUCCUCGCGCGAGUCCCUUGGUACCGAGCCGGACAACCAGGCUGAAUCCCAAAGCGAACCUGGUGCAGCUCAGGAUGGCGAUGAACAGGGCGAUGAGGCGACCGAGGAUAGCCCUCUGAUCGGUGGAAGCAGCAACAAGAACCGAGGCUCGACUUUUGGAACAGUGUAUCGAAGACCUGUGUCUAGUAGCGAAAAUCAAUCAUCGGCCGGGGACGGUACCAGCAGCGAACCAUUCGGCCACGAGCAGCCAUGGUCGGGCAAGCUACCAAGCUGGCUUUGGUUUUUCCAAUUCCUUCUGAUUGGACCAUUUUUCUUCACAGUGUUCGGUCAGUUGGGUCUGGCACUAGUAGCAUCUGUCAAGGAGACUGGCGCCGAUGGAGGCAGUACGCUGAUCCCAUAUCUUUUGGUGGCUAUCACUAGCAUAUUGCUCGUCCUGCCCAUCACGCCAUUUGCCCACAGGAUCACCCACCACAUUCCUCUGCUUCUCCUUGUGGUCUUUGCCGCCACACUGACGUAUAACCUAAUCGUUUUCCCCUUUAGUGCUUCAUCCAGGUACAAGAUCUACUUUUCCCAAGAUGUCAACCUAGAUACGGGAGAAUCAUUCGUGCAUUUGAUGGGUGUUGAAGAAUACGUGCGCCAAGCUAUGGCAGUGAUACCAUCUGCUAUGAACAGUGAGGUAUCAUGCGAGGCCAAGGCAUCCGACAGACCUGAUAUGGGCUAUUGCACGUACAAUGGCUCUACGGUGCUGCCGCAGGUCGGCCCUCGACACCAAAAUCUCACAGAUUGGAUCUCUUUCAAUGCCACUCGAGACUCUCACAAACUCCACUUUGAAAUCGAUGGUGUUGAGACGAGAGUUUGUGGCGUGCGGUUUCCCGAGCCAGUCUCCAAAUUCCAGGUCAAGGGCGGCAAUCCGGUCGAUAGCCGCUUUGGAGCAAUCCCCAAGAGUGGCUUGGACAGUAUCAUGCUCUAUCGCCGCGACUGGGACAAGCCAUGGGCGGUAGAGGUUGAAUGGCCAGCAGGCAUAGACCUUGACAAGAAGAUUGAUGUUGAGGUGUUUUGUAAAUGGAACGACGCGAACAAGCAAGGAGCAAUCCCAGCACUGGACCAAGCUCUCCAAUAUACUCCCGAUUGGGUCGCAAUCACCAAACUUAAUGAUGGAUUAGUAUACGGUAAUAAGUCAUAUACGGUAUAA